GUCAAAAAUGGAACAAAAACCCUACGCAAAAGAUUCCGCUGGAAAAGAUGAGGAACAAACCUCCAAGCAGGCACGCACUUUAGAGGAAUUUAAAUAAGAUGCAGGAGGAGUUCUCCAUCCAAGAGGCUCUCGACCAGUUCGUCCUCAAGAAAGAGCUCUUUAUCCUCAAAAAGGAAGGAGAUGUCUUCAAUGAUUAUGAUGUUGAGGAUAAGGUCCUUGGGGAAGGAACCUAUGGCGUGGUUUUUAAGGCGACAGAUAAAACUACAGGGGAAGAGGUUGCUAUAAAGAGAAUCCCAAGAGAAAAGAUAAGAAAUUAUGUCAGGUUUCUCAACGAAAUAGCAGCUCUUAAGACAUUAGAUCAUCCUAAUGUGAUAAAGUUGUUCGAAAUCUUUGAGGACGAGGAUGAUGUUUACCUAGUGCAGGAAUUAUGUUCAGGUGGAGAGCUGUUUGAUUACAUUGUAAACCAAGAGUUCUUGAGCGAAGCUCAAGCAGCUGUCAUUUUCAAGCAGAUCUUGCACUCCAUUGGUUACUGUCAUAAGAAUGCAAUCUGCCAUCGUGAUCUAAAACCAGAAAACUUUAUAUUCAAGUCCAAAGGAGACGGGUCAAACUUGAAAUUGAUUGAUUUCGGGUUAUCGACUUCCUACUUCAAGCAUGUUGGAUAUGGACACGGGAUAUAUACCAGAAUGUCUACUAGAGCUGGAACUGCUUUCUUCAUGGCUCCGGAAGUUCUUGAAUCAGAUUAUACGAACGCCUGCGAUAUGUGGUCAUGAGGUGUUAUUCUGUACAUCAUGCUGUGAGGAUACCCUCCCUUUGACGGAGAUACUGAAGAAGAAAUUUUGCUCAAUGUUCAAGCAGGGGAAUUUGAUUUUGAUGAUGAAGUCUGGGACAAAGUAUCAAAAGAGGCCAAAGACCUCAUUUGCAAGCUAUUGGUCGCAGAAGAUGACAGGCUUUCACCCAAAGAGGCCCUGGAACAUCCCUGGUUCAGCCUCACCCACAUCAGUGAGAAAAGUGAAGGCCUCGGAGAGAAUCAUAUCAAGAGACUCAAGAAAUUCCAAAAAGCCAAAAGCUUCAAAAAGGCUGUACUAAUAUUCAUCGCUUCAAGAGUAGCAGACGAAGAGAUCCAAAAAGAGAUUGAAAUCUUUAGAAAACUUGACAAGAACAAGGAUGGAUACAUCACUCUCCUUGAAUUAAAGGAAUCCAUGAAGAAGCAUCACACUGAGGAAGAAGUCGAAGAGAUUAUGAAGAGCUGUGACACUGACAAGAAUGGGGCCAUCAACUAUACAGAGUUCAUAGCUGCUACACUUGACAACAUCAUCAUUGGUAGUGCCAAAAGGAUCGAAAAGGCAUUUAAGAUCUUUGAUAAGGAUGGUGACGGCAGAAUCAAUGCUAAAGAGCUCGAAGAUGUCCUCUCAGGUGAAGGCGUCAAAGUUGCAGAUAAAGAAAUAUUCAAGGACAUUCUCAAGGAAUGAGAUCUCAACGAUGAUGGAGAAGUUGACUUUGAAGAAUUCCAGAAAUGUAUGCUUCAGAACUCUUAGUCAUCCAUUAUGAAGUUGUUCAGU